AUGGUCAGCUCCUGUUGUGGCUCUGUCUGCUCUGAGGAGGGCUGUGGCCAAGGCUGCUGCCAGCCCAGCUGCUGUCAGACUACCUGCUGUAGGACCACCUGCUGCCGCCCCAGCUGUUGUGUGUCCAGCUGCUGCAGACCCCAGUGUUGUCAGUCUGUGUGCUGCCAGCCCACCUGCUGCCGCCCCAGCUGUUGUCGCCCCAGCUGCUGCAUCUCCAGCUGCUGCCAACCCUCCUGUGGUGGUUCCAGCUGCUGCCGCCCCUGCUGUCAGCCCUGCUGUCGUCCUUGCUGCUGUCUGAGACCAGUCUGUGGUCAGGUCUGCUGCCAAAGCACCUGCUACCGCCCCACCUGUGUCAUCUCCACCUGCCCCCGCCCCAUGUGCUGUGCCACCCCCUGCUGCUAA